AUGGUUACGAUCACAGAGCCAAACAAGACACGAAUUUGUUUAGACCCAAGAGAUUUGAACAAUACAAUCAAGCGAGAGCACUAUCCGAUGCCCACGAUAGAAGAGAUUGUAUCAAGAUUACCACAAGCAACUGUUUUUUCCCCACUUGAUGCAACCUGUGGCUACUGGCAAAUACCUGUCGAUGAGAAAUCGUCUAAGUUACUUACAUUUAACACUCCAUACGGCCGUUUUCGUUUUCGUCGUUUACCCUUUGGAAUAUCAUCAGCAUCUGAAGUCUUUCAAAGGACGAUGAAUCAACCGUUUGGAGACAUAAAGGGAUGCGAGAUCAUUGUGGAUGAUAUCCUGAUCUGGGGUAGAGAUGAAGUUGAACAUGACGAUCGCGAAUGCCUACUAAAAGUGCUAGAAAGAGCAAGAAAGAACUUCGUCGGUUCCUCGGAAUGGUUAACUAUUUGGCUAAAUUUAUUCCUGACCUAGCGCAGAAUACAAGCGUCAUAAGAGAUCUAAUUAAAGAGAGAAACGAAUGGACAUGGCAACCUGAACACCAGAAAUGUUUCGAUGACCUGAAGACAGCAUGUUCAAGUCAACCAACACUAGUCUACUAUGACGUCAACAAACCCGUAAAGAUAUCAUGCGAUAGCAGCCAAUAUGGACUUGGUGCCGUGUGUUUGCAAGAUGAAAAGCCAGUGGCGUACCCCUCACGCACUCUCAACGACACCGAAAAACGAUAUGCACAAAUAGAAAAAGAUUUGUUGGAAAUAGUGUACGCCUGUGAGCGUUUUCACCAAUACGUUUACGGACGAACAGUACAGAAGAUGAAAAGCCAGUGGCGUACGCCUCACGCACUCUCAACGACACAGAAAAACGAUAUGCACAAAUAGAAAAAGAGUUGUUGGCAAUAGUGUACACCUGUGAGCGUUUUCACCAAUACGUUUACGGACGAACAGUACAGAUCGAAAGUGACCACAAACCACUGGAGUCAAUAUUCCAGAAACCGCUUUAUCAAAGCCCACUUCGGUUACAGCGCAUGCUUCUUAAGCUCCAAAGAUACGACCUGAAAGUGACUUACAAGAAAGGAACUCAGCUCCACAUCGAGCAAAGAAAAUUCUCAGCACAGCAAAGAAAAACAAUGAAGAUCCUUACCUUGCAUUGCUUGGUCAUCGCAAUACACCACGUGAUAACAUUUUAGGCAGUCCCGCCCAACGACUGAUGGCCAGACGAACGAAAACGUUACUCCCAAUAAGUGAUACAUUGCUCAAACCAUCUGUCAUCGAGCCCAGUGAAGUUACGAAACGCUUAUCACAUUAUCGACAGCAAAGCAAAAAGUACUAUGACCGCACAGCUAAACCUCUUCCAAAUCUGCAAAAGGGAGAUGUGGUGCGGGUCACAGACAUCAAAGGGAAAUACAUGAAAAAAGGAACUGUAAUAAACGAGACAAGUUAUCCAAGGUCCUACAUGGUAAAUAUAAAUGGACGAAACUAUCGAAGAAAUCGUCGCCAUCUUCUGAAAGUGAAAGAAGAACCAGAUAGUGAGCAUGAAUACGACACAAUCGAAGAACCGAUCAAUCAGCAAGAAACCAUCGUAGAACAAACCAAUUGGCAAGAAACAAUCGUGAAACCAAGUCAAGUUACAGAUCACCAAGAUGACCACGAGAGACAACAUGGUUUACCAAGAUCUCGUUUUGGAAGAGUUAUCAAACCACCUGAUCGCUUGAACCUUUGA